AUGGCCGGAUCGACUUCGCGCGCUCUUGGACUUCUAGCCGGCCGAUUCAUCAAGCUCCGUGCUGCCGUUGCUCCUAAACGAUACACCCAUGCUCACGUCUAUGGGCCAUUUGACCCGCCGAAGAAUAUGACGCGCAAUGAUGUGGAAAAACGGGUCUUGAAGGCGAUUCGGAGCUGGGAUCGAUUCCCGCAUGACAAAGAAGCUUUGUUGAAGCUCAACGCGGCGUUCGGGCAAGAUCUCGGCUUUGACUCGCUUGAUCAUGUGGAAAUUACGAUGGCGAUUGAAGAUGAGUUCGGGUUUGAGGAUGCCGAAAAGAUGAAAUCGCCGCAGGAUGUUGUGAACUACAUCUGUGAUCGGGAGGAUGUGCAUAAAUGG